UUAGAUAAAUAAGGUUUCCUAGAGGCUACAUAGAACUGUGGCCCUAUGCUCCAACUUGGAACUCUAGGAAUUUAUGAUAACAGUACUAACACUAUUUGUAACAAUUAUAUGUACAUAUUUAGACCUAUUUUCAAAAUUUAUUGAGCGAUAAAUGGAAAGCUUGUUUUGAAUAUUUCCAAUGGAAAAUCAAAGGCCAAAGUGCACGAAAUCUUGUUGAGCUUAUUCAAUGUUCCAUUUGAAUAAAUUUAUUUAAGCCACAAGCAGCCAUGUCAGCCGAUGAGCUAGCCAGGAAAGGUACAACUCUUCAACUGCUAGUGAUAGAAUUACCAUUGGGAUACCAAUGGCCACGAGCAAAUUAAUAAAAACCACAUUAUCCAAGAGGCCAAUAGGUCAUGGAGAGAACCGGUCAUUGGUUAUUUGGCAGGCAUUCCCUGAGACUAUGAGUAUUCUCUCUUGAAUAUUGUGGAAGUUGUAGAGAUGAGGAAGAUGAAGAACAGUUGAGAGAGAAAAACUUCCUCUGAAAUUGUUCAGCCUUAGCUAAAAUCAGAGCAGGUUUUAGAUACUCCACAAAAUGGUUUGGGUUUAAGGUUCUCCUGUUGCACAGUAGCAUCACAACGGACCUGUAAGGUCUAAGUGAGUUGGUCGUACACACCGUACCACCAUAACCUAACCUAACUGUGUUAUAACCAAUUGUCAGAACACUUCACUGGGCAAAAAUGCGUCUGGGGGACAGCAAUGGAAGAAAAGAAGGGACAAAAAUAUAAAAAAAAACAUAUAUAGAUGCAAUAAUUAAAAAAAAGCACUAGCCCAAGGAAUUUCCAUAACAAUAUACGAAAGUAGCAAAGAUUUUUUCCGUUGUUAACCUGAUUUUACAAAAAGUUAACAAGAAAACAAAACGGCUUUUUAUUUGACGCGAGAAAUGAAAAAUGAGCAAGUACUUUUGGGUAUUUUGCCAAGGGAGCUGACCAAAAUGUAGAUAUGUAUAUGGUCAUGACGAAAAUCUAUUUGCAUUUAAAACAUUUGGGGUCUCUAAAAUUGUUGGUGUGAUCAUCAGUGCUGCUUUGGAAGCCAACGUUUUAAUACACAUUUCCUUUUGAGUUUUUAAUAAUUUUAUUCAAACUUCUAGCUUAGUUACUUUUUUUUGAAACUCAGUGUUUCCAUGCAUUUGUUUUGAGUGGCUGUUUCUACCCACAUGCGUACAUAUGUAUAUGCUCUUAAUACAAAUCCAUACAAAAAUACUGUAUAUCUACAUAAAUAUGUUGGGGGAUACUCGUGUGCUGUUUUAUGGUUGGCGCAGCUCCAUUAAAAGCUCUGUGCUCAUAUGGCCAGCAUUAUGAUAAUGUAUGAGUUUCCAUGGGAACAUACGCUUGCAAUUGGUGAUCAAGCUAUGUACAUAUAUACAAGUUUACGUAAAUAUAUUAUUGAAUAUAACUUUGUAUGAAUACGCCAACUUACAAGUCCAUGAACAUAAGUACAUACAUAUAUAUAUAUACAUCUAUUUAUGUGCAUAUGUAAAAAUGUAUGUGCCUUAUAUUAUGGCAAAUUUUUGUAUUUUUGAGUAGUUGUACUUUUUAUUUGGAGCAUUGAGAGAGCAGAAUAAGCACUCACAUACACACUGUCGUUGGUGCUGAAGGGGCGGUGGGGCCACAAAAGCGAACUCUAGUUAUGGCAGAGACGAACGUACCGUACAAUAGUUGCAAUAUGAAUACUGCUAAAAAUUGCAACGACUUGCAGUAGCGCAGCAGCAGUGAAGUUAGCAUUGAUGCUCAAAAGCUAACAGCGCUGUUAGCGCUAUUCGUGUGCAAUAUGUACUUCGUUAAGUCGGCUAGUAGUAGUUUUACGAGAGCGAAAAAGUACAUACUAUACCUAUACAUACACUAGUCAUGUAGAUGGAGGCGGCGACGCAUACAACGACGGCGACGUUGCUAACGAUGACGAUGAUUGCGACAAUGACGAACAAGACGACGCCGACGGCGACGGCAACGGCGACGACGACUAUAGCUUCAAUUGUGUAGCUGUGAGGUAGCGCACAACGCACGGAGUACUGCGUGAAUCCUAGCGUUUGCUUUUGCUUGAGUUUAGUCAAUCGAGAUUCGCGGUUGAUGUUGGUCGUGUUUUCGGUAAAAAUUUCUUCUGAGCAUCCGUAGUAAAGAAUAAAAAAAAACACACAACACAGAAAAUAUGAAUACAAUACAACAACAAUAACACAGUGUCAGCUUCUUACCUGCCUCAACAAUACAAUAUUCAAGUGUUUGAAAAAAAAUAAUGGGAAAUAUUUGUAAAUAAAUAUUAAAAUGAGCCUCUAAAAAUAAUAACAUUUUAAAUACAAUUAUUUAAGAAAGAAAUAAAGUCAGCUAAUGGUAAAGGAUACGCAUUUUUGGUGAAAAAACCAAUUUUAGGAAUAUGAACGGAAAAAAUUUUCAUGCGACAUAAAAUAAUAUAAGAUGAAAAUACACGAAAUAUGAGCCAAAAAUUAAUUAUUUGUUAAAAAUCAAUAGAUUACAAAAGAACAAAAAAAAAAAUUAAUAUCAAUAAGUCUAUUAAGUAACAAAACCCAACUGAAAAAUGAGUACUAAAAAUCUAAAAAAUUCUUAAUUCAUUCUACAAUAACUUUAUUGCCAAAAGUGUCGCUUCUGCUAGUACAAGAACAGCACCGUGGAUUAUGUUCCUUGUAUGAGUGGUUGUGUGCACUUUCCAUAAAAUAACUUAAUUGCAAAAAAAUAAUCAAUUUAACACAUUCAAGCGCCAAAUAAAGUCAGAACUUACAAGAAAGCAUAAAAAUAACAACAGCAGCAAAUUAACCAAAAAGCGAAACACUUCAAAAUUCUCCAGCAAACCAGAAUAAAUUAAAAAAAAAAACAAAAAAUAGCAUUAAUACCACAGCACCUACAAGCAGCGGAAGCAGUUAAGUCCGUGGCAUAGCCAAGCGAUCAGCCACCAGUGCUCAACAAUAGUAAAAACAAAAACGAAACAAGCCACUAAUGAAUCCAAUAACUGAACAAGCAUAUAAGCAAACCGCCGCCGACCAAGCAACCAACUAAACACACUGUGGCAGUUAGUGCAGUUUUGCAAUAUCUGCAACAGCAGCUUGCAAGUACCUAGAUUGCGCUUUUAGAAGCACCAAUAGCAGCAACCUCCAAUCAUUACAACAGCCAUGGUUGGAGUUUAAAUACAAAAAUAAGAAAAAUAAAAAAUAAAUCAAUUGAAAAUAUUUACAACUAAAACUUCUAAGCGUUUCAACGCAAAUUGUGCAAUAUCUAGACUUUGCCACGAACGUAACUCCGCGUCUAAGCACCCGCCGAAAGUCGAGGAUCGUGUGUUUGCUGACUUUUGUUGAUAUACGUCGUUUCGUUUGUUUUUCGGCAAUUGGUUAACGUCAAUUUUCCAUUUUUUGUGCCUCGCAUGUGUAUGUAUGCGUGUUGUUGCAAGUUGUUUUGAUUUGCGAGCCCACCAACAAAAUGGGUCGCAGCGCUUCAUUCACAAAUAGUAACUGCAGUAAAAGUGCAAACCUAUUGUCAAUAACAAUUUUGUGAAUUGCAAAAAAAAAAAAAAAAAAAAUUAUAAAAAACUCGAAAUGGAUAGUAAAUUGUUUAAGAUUUAUAGAAAUUAUGAAUUCUUGAAACCAAUACUGCGAAAAAUUGUGGAAUAAAGUCAAAAGCAAGCUACAGCAAGAGUGAUAAGCCUAAGCAUUGUGUGGGUGUUGUGUGUGAAGAACGCGCCCACUCUAGCGUUGUUAGAUAAAUAAACAAAUUUUGACAAACACAAAGAAGUAUAAAAAAUUUAGAAAAAAAAAACACAAACGAACUAAAACCGUGUACAAAAUUUUUACUCACCUGCCUCCUUUGCAACAAUCCUCAAGAAAUAUCCUCAAAAAAAGAAAAAAAAAAUCGUGGCAAAAAAGUAACUAUGCCAUUGUAAAAAUUGUAAAACAAGUGCAACCUCAAUGUAAACCAUUUAUCCCUCAUUAAAAAGGAAACAAAAACAAAAAGUGCAACUCUAUGUGUGCCUCCUCUGUAAUUCAAGUGCAAUCUCAAUGCAAAACAAACAUAAAAGCAAAUGAACAUAGACGUAGCAAGCGCAGAAAUAACUCCAAAACAAGCAGCGCAUACACACAUAUACAAUAUUUUGCGCUACAACAAUAAAAACAAAAAUACCCCAAGUGAGGCAACUAAAUAGUAGCGCAUAAAAGUGUAAAAACCAUAAAGCAAUAAUAAAAGGACGCGCUGCUGAUUUCAGCUAUAAGAAUAUUACAUGCAACGCAUACAUACGUGCAUGUGUAAUAAGUAUAUGUGAUUAAACCUCUCUCUCUCUUGGAUUUACCGCUGCUCCUUCUCCUCCCACCUGUAAGCACACUACUGCCCUACAGGCCCAAACGUAAGGCAAACAGUAUAUAGAUUGUACAAAUACAACAACAAAACAACAAAAAGCAAGAAAAACACGAAAAAACCAGCAGUGAGAAUUAGUGAUGAAAAAUCGAAAAAUUUAAGUACCUGCAUAUAAAUAUAGUAUAUUAUAUUAUAGUUGUUUAUGAAUGCAUAUGCAAGUGUGUGUGUGUAUACCGCAAUUAUAGCACUUAGCGUUUAUUAGCAGCAACUUAUACUAAUUCAAAGAUAAAAUAGUAAAAUAUAUUGUACAUACACAUAGAUAUGUGUGUAUAGAGACGGGUAAACGUAAUUUGCGUGCAUUUCGUGUGAAGAAAAAGGAAAACAGUUCAAAAGGAUAUGAGAAUCAAUUGCUGUUACAACCAAGCAGUGCAGCGCGAAAAUUGAUGCAAUUUCGUGCAUACAAAAGCGAAGAAGCAAUAAAAGCCAAACAAAGCAAGCAAGGGUAUAUAUGUACAUACAUACAUAUUUCUAAAAUAAAUGCCAGCAGGAGAUACAGUUUAAACAACUAGCUUGGCUGUCUCAAUGAAAAAGGCAGUAGCACUGCUUACAAAGGACAACAGUCUGCGCGCUACCACAAACAACGUACAUAUGUACGUGCAUAUGCAUACAUAUUAGAAAUCAAUCAAUCAACCAAUACACCUCAACAGCACCACCAAAAGAAAGCGAAAUUUAAAGGAAAACAAAAUAUAUAUACAUAUGUAUAUGUAUAUAUGCAUAUUAAUUAAACAUUUCGAAUUUAAAACAAAAAAGUUUAAAUACAUAAAUAAAUAUAAAAAUAAAAUAAUGAAAUUGUAUAACGCAAACUAACUGCAACGCAUGGCAUGUCUUCGAAUUAAAGCAAAAUUUUGGUAAAAACGCCAAAACCUAGUUUUACAACGAAAAUUUUAUUGUUGGUAUUUUGUCAGAUAAAUAUAAUAUUUUUACUUUUUCCUUUUUGUUUCUGUAAAGUGUGAAGUAUCUACAUACAUAUAACAAGCACGUAGUGCUGUUAACAAGCAUUACAACAACUACAAGCAAGUAAUACGUGAGCCCAUGACAAUAAAGUGACAAGCAAACUAUUGUUCUCUGAAAACAUCAAGAAGCGUAAGCCAAUAAGCGAAACGGAAAUAAAAAAAGCAUCAUACCCAAAAUAAAGGCCCAAGAAAGGUGCAUUGUAUUACUAAAAACAGACAAAUAAAUACAACAAAAUUAAAGUAAAAACAGAAAGGGUCUGCUCUUACGGAGGAAAUUCCCAAUCAACAGUGCGUGUGUAUUUUGUGUGUUCGUGUGUAUGUUAGCAACUUGUUAAUUUGCGUAUCGUAAAUUAUUUCCAAACAUCGAACGUCAAAACAUUGUCAUCACUAUAACUGCAGUGAUACAUUCGCAGUAGGCGCACAGUCAGAGGACACGUUAGCCCGCGCGCUCCUACGCUCACGUACCUUUUUUUUGACUACACCAGCCCUGUAGCUACAUUUACAGGGCGUGUUGCCUUUAUUAUCUCUACAGCUAUUCGCCAUGCUCUACCCAAACAAAAGCAUACAUACAAACAUACGCACCCAAUUUAGUUACUAAAUUACCUAAACUCGUACACUACUCGAAACGCAAAUUUCAUCUACCUGCUAGGCAGCCUUAGUGCACUCUAGCGCGCAUUUGCUUACAGAUUUCUUACGCAUAGAAUUUCCGUCCAGUAAGCAAAGACAUUACAUCUCGUAGCAAAUCGGCAACGGCGUAGUGUCAGCAGCAAUUAUCCAAAUUAUCGCGAAUUAUUAUUUGUAUCCUGCUGCGCUGCUAUUCAGUUACUUAUUUACUGCCUGGUUGGAAGUAUCUUUCUCGUGAAGCGCGUGUGCACACUCGCAGUCGCAUUUGUUACACUGUCAUUGUCGUCGUCGGCAGCGGUCGGCGGCCAACUUUCUUGUCGUUUUGCAAUUCGUUUUGCAUUCGUUUGGAUCUACAUAAAUGUGUUGUGUGCCCUGGACGACGCGUUCAAUAGUGCAAUAAUAGUAGGGCGUAAAAAAUGUUAUUAGAAAUGGAACAACAACAAGCAACGGCGUCGUUCAUAUCGUCGCUCAAUAUGUCACCAUUCACAAUGCAGCUGGAUCCACAACAGUCGUCCAGUCCGGCUUUGGGCGGCACAGGCGGUCCUAAUAAUGGCCAAACAAAUGCUAAUUCAAGUGCCGCCUCCAAUCGUGUCAAUGCAGAUGCGAAUGCGCUGAACAGCGCCGAGGCUGAUUACAGCACUUAUGCGCUGCAUUUGAGCACUGCAAGUGGGGGUAACACGGGCAGUGGCACCAGUGAUGGUGGCUCGGCUAAUUCGGGCAAUACCCAUCAUCAUCAUCAUCACCAGCAGCAACAGCAACAGCAGCAGCAGCAGCAACAACAACAUCAUCAGCAACAUCACUACCAAACACAACAGCAGCAGGCGCAGCUUCAGCCACAACAGAAUAUUCCCAACAAUUCCAACAAUCCCAGCUUCCCAUAUUCGUAUAUUUAUAAUUUUGAUUCACAAUACGUAUUCCCGGCAGGUUAUCAAGACAAUACGUCGUCGCAUUCGCAGCAAAGCGUUAGCGGCGGUGGUGGUGGAUGUGGCGCUGGUGGGGGUAGUAGCGCCAGCAGCAAUGCUGCCAAUGUUGUAGUACUCAAUGGCAGUAAUCCAAAUGCUGCUGGCGGUUAUAUGACACUCCUGCCACCCGCCACAUCGAGUGGCCACAUGGGCAUAUCGACAGGCGGCACCAGCGCAAGCGCGGGUGGUUCCGGCGAAGGCAUCGAUUUCAAACAUCUCUUCGAAGAGUUAUGCCCCGUUUGUGGUGAUAAGGUGAGUGGCUAUCACUACGGGCUGCUGACGUGUGAAUCGUGCAAAGGUUUCUUCAAACGCACCGUGCAGAACAAGAAGGUGUACACAUGCGUCGCAGAGCGUUCCUGUCACAUCGACAAGACGCAACGAAAGCGGUGCCCCUACUGCAGAUUCCAGAAAUGCCUCGAGGUUGGCAUGAAACUUGAAGCCGUUAGAGCGGAUCGGAUGCGUGGUGGUCGCAAUAAGUUCGGGCCCAUGUACAAACGUGAUAGGGCGCGAAAACUGCAAAUGAUGCGACAACGACAACUGGCCUUGCAAGCGCUACGCACUUCAAUUGGUUCGGUUGACAUGAAGUCGUCACCACUCUCGCCUGGCUACCAACAAGCAUAUCCGAAUAUGAGUAUAAAGCAAGAAAUUCAAAUACCUCAGGUGUCCUCUCUCACACAAUCACCAGAUUCAUCGCCCAGUCCCAUUGCCAUUGCGCUGGGGCAGGUCAAUACAAGUGGUGGUGUGAUAUCUCCGCCUAUGAAUGGUGGUGGCGGUAGCGCUGGCGGUGGUGGUGGUGGUGUCAGCGGCAAUGGUGGCAACACCGGCGCCAACAAUAGCAACAGCAAUAACACCAGCGAUGGACUCAACCGCGGUGGUAGUGGCAAUUGUCACGACACUGGAACUGGAUCUCUGCAAAAUACGUCCGAAUCGAAACUGUGCUUCGACUCCGGCACGCAUCCUUCAAGCACUGCUGAUUCCAUAAUCGAGCCGCUCAGGGUUUCACCAAUGAUACGUGACUUUGUGCAAUCAAUAGAUGAUCGGGAAUGGCAGACACAACUCUUUGCGUUACUACAGAAACAAUCCUACAAUCAAGUGGAAGUUGAUCUCUUCGAGCUGAUGUGCAAAGUGUUGGAUCAGAAUCUGUUCUCUCAAGUGGAUUGGGCAAGAAACACUGUCUUCUUCAAGGACCUUAAGGUUGAUGACCAAAUGAAAUUGCUUCAGCAUUCGUGGUCCGACAUGCUGGUAUUAGACCAUUUGCAUCAGCGAAUACACAACGGCCUACCCGAUGAAACGCAAUUAAAUAACGGUCAGGUAUUCAAUCUGCUCUGGCUAGGCCUGCUUGGUGUACCCCAAUUGGCGGACUAUUUCAAUGAACUCCAAAGUCGUUUGCAAGAUCUUAAGUUCGAUAUGGGGGAUUAUGUGUGUAUGAAAUUCCUAAUCCUACUCAAUCCAGAUGUACGUGGCAUUGUGAAUAAGAAGACCGUUUUGGAGGGUCAAGAGAAUGUGCAAGCAGCGCUCUUGGACUACACGCUCACUUGUUAUCCAUCAGUGACGGAUAAAUUUCGGAGGUUGCUUAGCAUACUGCCUGAUAUCCAUGCGAUGGCUUCACGAGGCGAAGACCAUCUCUAUUCGAAACAUUGUGCCGGUAGUGCACCCACGCAGACACUACUAAUGGAAAUGCUGCAUGCUAAAAGAAAAGCAUAAAUGUAAAUGAGCUACGGACGUAUGUGCAUAUAUGUAUGUGCAUAUGAGUGAAUGUGUAUAAAAUAUGAAAGCGCUUCAAAUCGGCAGGAGACGAUUUUGGUUUGUUGUCGAAUGACGCUGAAUAAAAUUCAGGGUUGGUUUUUAGAUUUAGACAAUGAAAAAAACAAAAACAAACAAAAAACAAAAAAAACAUGUGGGAAGUAAAAAGUAAUUUAGUAGCACAUGGAUUUUACGUUAUCUCCCUUCACACUUGCAAUUUAACUGUAAAAUGUAAAACAUAGAAGGACGAGGACGAGCGAAGAUAAGUUUAAGGUUAGGCAGUUUAGGCAGAGCAAAGAUAAAUAUUAUAUUUUUAAAUAAUAUAUAUGUAUAUUGGUAUAGCUUAAGCGUUUAUUCAUAUUACUAUAUUAUAAAUCUAUAUAUAUACAUAUAUAUAUAUGUAAUUGUAUAAUAUUAUAAGCAAAAAAUAGAGAAGCAACACAGCAAACAAUGUGUUCGGAAAAUAUUUAAUAAUUAAGCAUUAAAUUAAAACAUAUACUUACAUGUAUUAAUUUAGGACAAAAACAAUAAUGUUAAAGCCAACACAUAUCGCUAGCUCAGAGUGAAAAUUUGCCAAGUUCAGUUUUUCACAUUUUACCGGAAGGAAUAAUAUUAUUUCAGAGGUAUUUUCUUCUAAAACAAAAUUUCGCAUAUUCCAAGAUAAAACAACUCGAAAAUAAUCGACUCUCAUAAGGUAGAUGAAAAGUUUUUAUACUCUUUGGGACUUAUCACAUUUUCGGUGAGGAUUUUGGAUUUUGCAAAGUUGCUUAUCACUGAAUAGAAACGAAUGGAAAUAAAACGGGUAGCUUAAUAUUUUACGAAACUAUGCAUUUUUAUUUUUCUCGCUUCUGGCAUUAAAAUACAUGAUUUUGAAAAAGUGAAUUUGCAACUUUUCGAACUGAACUAGCGAUAUUGAAAAUCCAAAACCUAAAGCAAAACAAACGUAAUGAAAACAAAUAAUGGAAAUCGCAAGUAUGACCUUAGCGGUAAACGAGUGCUGUGAGUGGGUGGAUGUGUACUUUUUUUUUAUUUUCCUCUAACAUCCUUAGAGUGAGUGGAAAGUAAUAGUAUAAGAAAUAAAUAAAUAAUUGGCGCUUACAGUCGGGUAAGUGUUUGGCCGCGCCCUCUCCUCCUAUUUGUGGUGGUCGUCUAGAUGUUUUCCAGAAAUGGAAGCAGUUAAAGUUUUCCGCCAGUUUUUAUUAUGAUUUUUUUCAUGCCCGAAUUACACUCGGAGGUGGGUUGUCUUUGUCUGCUGGGAAAAGACCGCUGUUAGAAAAAACUUUUUGGAUCAUUUGAUGUUUCAUGCACGAGAUUUCGAAGUAGCUCAUCAACUCAUUCGGUCACGGCGGUCUGUAAUGAUAUUGCCCAAGAAAAGUAUGAAAUCAAAUAGCGAGUGAUUUGAUAAGUAGAAUUAUUAUUAAAAAUUAUAGUUCACAGCGUCUAUGUCCUGUCCUGCCUUUUUUCGUUUCUCUUGCUUAUUUGUAUUAUGUGGAAUGUUUUAAACUACAUAAUAUUAAAUGUGAAAUGAGAAAUGGAUUUGUAUUAGAUUGUAAACGAAUUUAUAAUGUUUAUGUAUUUUUUUUUUUUGUGUUUAAAACAAAUAAUAACUUCACACUUUGUGAGAAAAAAUGUUCUUUGAUUAAAAGACUCAUUUAUUGAUUAUAAUUUUUUAUUUUAUUUUUUAUUUUUUUUUUCUUUUAUUUUUUCUUUUUUUUUUCUUUUCCUUUCCUUUGAAAUUAUACAAAUUUUAAAAGCGGAACGAAAAAUAAAAUUUUGUGAAUAUCCGUAAAACCUUUACAUAUGCAUUAUUCCAAAAUAAGAAAUUUAAGUGAAUUUUCUUGGUUUUUUAUAUAAUGCAAUCGUAUUAAUACAAGACAAAUCAAUGCUCUUUACGCCAUUUGUGAAACAACAACACGCUCACCACAAACUGCAGGGGGAGCCCGGCCAAAUAUCUAACAAAGCCGAAUAUCUGUAGGCGCCAAUUAUAUACAUCCGUAUGUAUAUAAGGACUACAUUAUUUUUUUAUAAAAAUGUGAAAAUUGCAAUUUCUAAAUUGUAAUUUAUGCUAACAACUUCAUAUUGAUUUUAUUGUUGGAAUAACAUAAAAAAUUUGGUGUAUGUUCCGCUGCGAAAGAGUUGUGAGUCUACUCUUAGUAUAAAAAUAAUUCAUUGAGGAACGUUUCACCAACUAUCCUCUAACUUUACAGACCACUUUAUAGUGGCGGUAAACGCAUUUUAGUUCUCUCAAGCGCUUAUUACACUCCCGGCCCGAUAUAUGUAUGUCUGUAUGUAUUUAAAGGCCAGUUGAUAUUCUCUUUAAAAUUUUGUAGCUAACUUUCAAAUAAAUGACUAUAAAUUACUCGUGCAUUGCCGAGAUUUCGUAAUUGAUACUUUUUCCUUUCACAGAUUGCUAAGAAAACGAAAAUAGUCACAGCGCAGUUUAGAGUGAUGUAUAAUUUAUGAUCUCUGUUAGAAAAUGGUCCUUUAAAGAAACACAAGGCGCAGAAUUUUAGAGCAGCAGGAAACUUACUGAAUUUUUAUAUAUUUUUUUGGAAGGCUGCUGCGUUAGUCUUUGACCCUAUACAAAUUCGCAUAGUUCCAGUAGACGUAGACCUUUUUUGUUUUUGUUUCUGUUUUCAAUUGAAAUUGUUAACAAAUAACAAAAUUUUGGUAGUCCUGUAACGUUAUUUUCCAUUAGAACAAACAGUAAACGUCUUGCCGACGCAAGGUAUUUAGUAAAUGCAAAAGGGUUAAACUGAAUUUCCGAAUCGAACACGCCCAUUCUGAUAUGCCACCACUCUGCCUCAUUAAAGUACGCAGUUUGCUUUAUUUUGCCGGCAAGAUUUUGACUUGUACAACACAAACUACUGUACACACAGCACUUAAAAUGAAAAAAAUUAAAAAAAAAAACAAAAAAAAAAAGGAAUCAUGCAAAAUCAACAAAUAACGUUGCUGCUUAU